AUGCUUUCAAGAAAUGUCGGAGCAGUUAUGAGGCUUUCCUGUCGUGGGAAGGCCACCCAAGUCAACCCAGAAACCCAAAGGGUUGUCAAUCAGCUCUCGGUGUUGUCUGCAUCUAAAAAGCAACCCAAAGUUCUUAAACUAUGUCGGGAGGACCUUAUUAAACAUCAAACCAUCACAAAUGCCUGGAGAUUAUUCAAGCGCAAAAAUUUCGAGAGAAGACAAGCACAGCUCGAAAAGCAGUAUGAGAGCAUAAAAACCGCCAUGACUGAGCUCAAGGAAGUUAGCCCAGAAUUGUUUGAGGCAGCCAACAAGAAAGAACCAGUGAGGUUCCCAGUUGAUUUGAGAAUCCCCACUGAUUACCCACCAAAUAAGCCAUGGCAAACAUACUACACAAAACCUGGAAGUUUGGAGAAGUAG